UGGCGCCUGCUACGUCACGGAGAUCACACGGAUCCCUGCUAGCGGAGCCUCUUUGUUGCGAUCAACCGACCAGCGGCUGCGUUUCUGGCUGAAAUCACCUGCACCGACACGGUUACUGCCGCGAUCGUUUAGAGGAUGAGUGGCGGAGUGUACGGAGGCGAUGAGGUGGGAGCGUUGGUGUUUGACAUUGGCUCUUACUCUGUGAGAGCUGGCUAUGCAGGAGAAGACUGUCCCAAGGCUGACUUCCCCACGGUCAUAGGUGUGACUGUGGACCGAGAGGAUGGCAGCACGCCGAUGGAGACGGACGGGGAGAAGAGCAAGCAAAGCGGAACUUCCUAUUACAUUGAUACCAACCAGCUGAGGGUACCCAGAGAGAACAUGGACGUCAUGUCUCCGCUCAAGAAUGGCAUGAUUGAAGACUGGGACAGUUUCCAGGCCAUUUUGGAUCACACCUACAAGAUGCACUUCAAGUCUGAGCCCAGUAUGCAUCCAGUGCUCAUGUCCGAAGCAUCGUGGAACACAAGAGCGAAACGGGAGAAACUCACAGAGCUAAUGUUUGAACAUUACAACAUUCCUGCCUUCUUCCUUUGUAAAUCAGCCGUGCUGUCUGCCUUUGCUAAUGGGCGGUCUACAGGCUUGGUCCUGGACAGCGGUGCCACACAUACGACAGCUAUUCCAGUACAUGACGGCUACGUCCUGCAGCAAGGCAUCGUCAAGUCGCCCCUCGCAGGAGACUUCAUGAGCAUGCAGUGCAGAGAGCUGUUCCAAGAGUUAAGCGUUGAAAUAAUCCCUCCUUAUAUGAUUGCAUCAAAGGAUGUCGUGCGGGAGGGAUCUUCGGCCAGUUGGAAGAAAAAGGAGAAACUACCUCAAGUCACCCGCUCAUGGCACAACUACAUGUGUAAUUGUGUGAUCCAGGACUUCCAGGCGUCCGUGCUGCAGGUCUCAGAUUCUCCAUAUGAUGAACAAGUUGCUGCACAGAUGCCCACGGUUCACUACGAGCUGCCCAACGGCUACAACUGUGACUUUGGAGCUGAGAGACUGAAGAUCCCGGAGGGUUUGUUUGACCCCUCUAAUGCCAAGGGCCUGUCUGGAAACACCAUGUUAGGAGUCGGCCACGUGGUGACGACCAGUGUGGGAAUGUGUGACAUCGACAUUCGACCGGGACUGUACGGCAGUGUGGUGGUGACCGGAGGAAACACGCUCAUUCAGGGCUUCACCGACCGACUGAACAGAGAACUCUCCCAGAAAACACCGCCGAGCAUGAGACUGAAGCUAAUCGCCAACAACACAACGGUGGAGCGCCGGUUCAGUGCCUGGAUAGGAGGCUCCAUCCUCGCAUCACUGGGAACCUUCCAGCAGAUGUGGAUCUCCAAACAGGAGUACGAGGAGGGCGGAAAGCAGUGUGUGGACAGGAAGUGCCCUUGAUCUUUCUCUCUGUGCAUCAUUGUCUUCGCCAUAAGCUCAGCAUCACCAGUCCUUCACCACUGACCCCAGACUCAUCUUUGGAGGAUCACUUGUUUUGUAUCAUUUCUUUUUUUAAUACCGAGUUCAUCCAUAUGCCUGUCUGGGAUUUUGUUGUAGAAAUCAAACAACCAUCAACAAUGUAAACUGUGUCACGAUGAAGAAAUGUUUAUUUUUGUUUGUGUCAUAAAUGUCUGUUUGUUGCCUUCAAUUUAGAUUGUUGUUGUGGAAACCUUGCACAUUCAAAGUCUUGUUUUAGCCAGUUGAAACUGGAGGUCAUUAAGUCAGGUUCUUCUUCACACUGGGGAACCACGAUGUAAGAAACACACAAUUAACUGUGCAAGGUUUCUACAGAACACUGACAAGGUCAACAUGUUUUUAGGAUGUGUGUUGGGAGGAACAACCUUAGUUUGGGGCGAUAUCUUUUUCAUGAGCCUCUUUCUGUGUAGUAAGUAAACUCAUCAUCAGCCAAGGACAGUCUGUUUCUGCCUGUACUCAAUGAUGUGUCCACUCAAAUAAAUCUGUAUUUAAUUUUCAUGUUUUGCUUGUCAAUGGGUAUAAAGUCUUUUUAAGAAAA